AUGUCGGCAUUCAGUUGGAUAUUUUCAAGCACACAGACACGCAGGAACCGCUGCAACAAGCACGAAAUGUGGUUAGUUGCGAAAAACAGUUCCCUGCUGUCGCCUGAUCUGACGCUGAUCAUUUUGCAUAUUUCCUUAAGAAAUUUAAGGGUGUUGGAGUCCAUCGGGCCAAGAACCUCAAUGCAUAUUGGCAAGAAUUCCAUCGAGGGGAGGGCGUUCCCAUAUUUUUUCAUUUUCUCGUCCGCUGCCCUGGCCGCGGCCAAACCGCAUUCUUUACUUGUCAGGUUUACGUAUCGUUCGGCGAGGGUGCCAGGGACCGUAACAUCCCACGCCAAACAUCUGCCAGCUCUCCAAGGUAUUAUCGUGCAUCCGUCCGGGCGCCUACCAUCAUGCGUUGGAGCCUUGGAGAAGAGCCGACAAAUGUAA